AUGCCGUAUGGCUAUCCUCAGCAGGGAUACCCUGCUGCUGCUGUGGGGUAUGCCGAUCCCGCAGCGAUGGCGGCCUACAGUCAGCAGCAAGGGUACAUGAUGCAGCAAUCGUACCCUGGAAUGCACCACAUGAUGAUGAUGCAAGGGGUACCGCCGGUCUCUGGUGCCGAGGAUGAGUAUGAGGAGAAGGAGGAGAUAUCCGAGGAGCGGAAGCAGAGGCGAAAGGAGAGGAAGGAGACCCGAGAGAAGAAAAACAAGUUGGAGCUCCACGGCGAUCUCGAGAAGAUGAACCUCUCGGCAUUGAUCUACAACAACAUUCUCGGUUCCACCUACUUCAAAGGCCUCUACAAGCUGAAGACCUACCACGAGAUCGUCGACGAGAUCUACUACUCGGUUGAGCAUUUAGAGCCUUUUAUGCCCAACUCGAAGAUGGCUUCGCAGGCGUGGUGCCUCAUGUACAAAUGCUUCACCAUUAAGCUGACCAAGAAGCAGGUCACCGGCAUGCUCGAUCACGCCGACUCACCGUAUAUUCGUGGCAUAGGUUUCCUGUACCUGCGCAUGUGCACCAAUCCGAAGCUGCUGUGGGACUGGUUCGAGCCGUACCUUGCCGAUGAAGAGGAGAUCACCAUACGAUACAAGGGCAAACCAACAACGAUUGGUUCCCUUGUGGAGGAUCUGCUCACCACGAUCAAGUUCGUGGACGCCAUUAUGCCACGCUUCCCCGCGCUCGUGGGCAAGGAGAUCAACGACCGCUUGGCCGAGUGGCACCGAAAGAACCCCGGCGUCGUUCGAAAGCCCACCGAUAUCGCCAGCGACGACAGCCAAAAGGGCAGCGGACAGCGAAGCCGAGGCGGCGGCUCCAGCUCCAGCCCUCAAGCAGAGAUCGAGCGAGGGCGAGACCAUGAUCGAGACCGUGACCGGGACUCAAGGUACAAGCGGUCGCGCUCGGGAUCGAGGGAGCGAAGUCGAGGCGGGAGCAGAGAUCGAGGGUCGCGACGCAACGACGAGCGAGAUCGCGACAGGAAGCGAGCGCGCACGUCGAGGUCGCCCAGCCGCUCGCCCAGCCGGCGAUCUCCCGACCGUACGGCAACGGCUCAGAAGAAGGCACCCAGUGCUGAACAUAUGGCGAAGAUGAGGAUGCUGGCGGCCAAGUACGGUUCAUCGUCGGCCGCAGCCCCGGCGCAGGGCGAGCGCAAGGCGCCCGUGGCGUCAUCGGCCACGGAGAAGGACACGAUGGUCCUCGGCAGAAGGUACUAG